AUGGAUCAUAAACGCUCAUUUGAACCAAAGCAAUAUCAGUUUAGUCCUGCUAGUAAACCUUCAAGUAGAGGGAAACCUGGUCCAGCACAACAGCUUUUUGUUGAAGAUGAAGUGUUACUUACUUUGUGUAUUCGACUUGACUCACCAUUACAAGAUUUAGCAUUUCGCUUUAAAAUUUCAGUAACUCACGCGUCUAGGAUUUUAACUACAUUUAUAACUUUAUUAGCCCGAGAACUUGAACCAUUAAUUUAUUGGCCUGCUCCAGAAGGAACAUUAAAUUUUACACAUCCUCAUUUUAAUGGAGAUUUUGUUUAUGUUGAAGGUAUUGGUGACUGUACUGAACAAACUAUUCAAAAAUCUGCUAAUGCUAAAGCUCAAUAUCAAACAUAUAAUUACUCUGGAUCUUCCUCAGAUCGUUUAAUCGCUGAAGAUUGCAAUGUUACAAGAAGAUUCACUCCCGGGUUUAUUGCACUUUUUAAUAAAGGUUUCAAUGUUCAAGAUUUAUUUCUAUUAAGGGAGGUAAAAGCUGUAAUUCCAUCAUUUUUACGUAGUAAGCGACAGUUUACACCCUGUAUCAUUGUGUAUCAUUGCAAGCACAUAGCACAUGCAAGAAUACACAUUGAACAUGUUAUUGGAAGGCUGAAAGAAUUUCGACUUCUAAAGAACACUCUGUCUAUCACAUUAUUUCCUCUAAUAGAUGAUAUAUGGAUAAUUGCUGCUGCCAUUGUUAACCUGUAA